AUGUCAUUCGAUCUGACAGAACAUCUUUACUAUUCAAAAUCUUUAAACACAUCAAACGCAUUCGAACGCAAUUACAUAUUUGACUUAAACGACGAUCUAGUUCCACAAAAUCUUCGAGAAGCCUUCAUGUCAGAAAAUUCCGAUCCAGCACAACCACAGAUUGUAAUAUUCAAGAAUAAUGUUAUCAAUACUUCAUCGUCUAUCGAAUUAAUCAAAUCAGAUGACAAUCAAGCUGAUUUCAUUACCGAAUUACAAUCAAUUACAAGAAGUGGCAGUGACAACGUGAUAAAUGACCGAGACAUUCAAAAUUCCAAUGAUGAUCCUGAAAAGUGGUAUCCAACACGAACAUGUCCAAAUGGAUGCAAUUGUGGCAAAUGUCCAAUAGAUAAUGACAUCCAACAAUCCCAAAGCAUUAUGUCAUUAGUUCCGAGCAAUUCAUCCACGUCGAUGACUUUAGUGCCAAGCAAUUCAAAUUUUUUCAUAUCAAUCACAGAUGUUGUUCCAUUACGCGCGAAUUUUGGCGCCAUAAUUCAUUGGAAUGUGCUGCACUAUCACGGAAUUAGUGGCUACAAAAUAUUCCUCGAUGGACAGCACGCAGCAUCGGUUUAUUCGCCCACACGAACUGUCGCAUUCAUUGACAAUGUAAAUAUGAAAUUUUCGCAUCAUUUUGCUGUAUCAAUCAUGAAAAACGGAACAUUUGCAGCCAAAUCGAAAUCCAAUAAGCAGCAACAUCGAAGGAAUUCAACAUAUUCGACAGCGAGACAACCGAAAAUUAUGUAUGGAUUUCCAACACGCGAUGGAGAAUUCGGUUGGCAAGCAUCGCUUGAAUUGCUACAUCCAUCACUCGGAUUCAUUGGUCAUUGGUGCGGUGGCGUGCUUAUAAAUAAAUAUUGGGUUGUGUCGAGUGCUCAUUGUGUUCAUAAUGAUUUAUUCAACCUGCCACUUCCUGCCCUAUGGACAGUUGUGCUAGGUGAAAACAAUCGUAAAGUUGAGACUGGCUACGAGCAACGAAUUCCAGUCGAUAAAAUUGUUAUGCAUGAAAAAUAUCGACACUUUAAAAAUGAUUUAGUCCUCAUGAAGCUUUCAAGAGCCGCAAAUUUAUCACCAAAGUCAAGAGUUCGAACAAUCUUUUUGCCAUCAUCGAGUCACACAAAAAUCAAUCCGACACGUAAUGGACAAUCAUCAAAAUACACGUGGAAUGAUAAUGACGAUAAUUUAUUAAAUCUUGAUCGAAAUGAAAAUUAUUUAAGAAAAUUGGAUACGACAUCGAAUGUUGCAUUGAUGGAUAAAAUAAAAAGAGUAAAUCGGAAUGAGAUUACAAAGAGGGAAAGUUCAAAAACUAAAUUAAGAUCUGAUGAUGAUAAAGUCAGCAGUGCCAAUAAGACUAAGGUUAUGAAUAGCAGCAAAUUUACGAGAAAUUCUACAUCCACUGCCAAGAAAAAUCAUCGACGUAAUGACAAAUUUUUACAUAGACGACCAACAAAUCCAGAAGAUUAUGAAUUGUUCAUGAGUGCAAAAGAUAAACAGCCAACGAGUUCAUCGAUCGAUUAUUAUGAUUGCUGGACAGUCGGAUGGGGGAAGUGGAUGGAAAGGGGUGACUUAUCGGAUGUUCUGCUGAAAAUUGAUGUGCCUAUUCAUGAUAUGCAACAAUGUGACGAUGUUUAUUCAGGGUAUGUGUCCUUAAAUAACGCACAGCAUUUAUGUGCGGGACGACUAGACGGAAGCGGUGGCUCAUGCAUUGGCGAUUCAGGUGGCGGUCUACAAUGUAAAUUAGAUAAAAAUGGUCCUUGGAUACUCGUUGGCAUAACAAGUUUCGGUUCGGGAUGUGCUAAAGAAGGAUAUGCUGAUGUAUUCACGAACGUUGCAUAUUAUCGAAAUUGGAUCGAUAAUGUUAUUCGAAAUAAUUAAAAUGGAAAUGAACUUUUGAUGCGGUUGUUAUGGAUAUUUGUGAAUGGAUGUGCGGAUGAAAAUAUUACGUGUGAAUGAAUAUGAAAAUUGAUGGAUUAAUAAUGAUGAUUGGAUGUAUAUAAAAUGUAGAGUUAAUUGUUUCAGAAGCCAGAGCAAAUGAAUUAAAAUUAAUGAAGGAAUUUAGCAGAAAUUAUUGGAAAUUAUACAGGGUGGGGACACUUUUUUUGGGGGGGUGCUUUUAUGUUAUUGAUAAGUUUUAAAUAUGUAGAAUUUUUAUUAAUUUUUUGAUGACAGUAUUAUUAGAAUUUUAGGAAGAAAUGUGCUUGUUGGAUUUAAAAGUACAUGUUUUAAAAUCAAAGUUUUUAAAAACUUAUUGGCUUUUUUAAAUUAAAAAAAACCG